GAUCAGAUAUCAUCAAAUAAGAUGGAUCCUAUGGCACCAUAUUUAGUGAUUGUUCCAGGAAUUUCAUAUAUUUUUAUUUGGACGUUUUUUAUAGCCAGUUUUAUUGAAAAAAAUAUUUUUAUGGUAUUAUAAAGCAAAUAAUAUAUGUUUAAAUUUAUUUAUGACUCUUGUAUAUCUGUAGUUGUUUAUUUUAUUAAUUACGUUGUUAUAUGGCGGAAAAUACUUGGAAAAAUCAUGGGGGUCAAAAAGCUUUUUAAAAUUUAUAUUAGUUAUCACUAUUAUUCCAAAUCUAUUUGUUUGGAUUUGGUACAUUUUUUGUUACAUGAUUGAACAAAAAGCAUCACUUUUAAUCAAAUCGAUUUAUGGAGGAUAUGCCCUUUAUGCAGGUUUCUUAGUUGCAUUGAAACAAUUAAUUCCGGAACAUGUUAUAUCAUUUUUUAAAGGAAUUAUAAGAAUACGUAUAAAAUACACUCCAGCUUUAUAUAUCUUUAUCAUGCCAUUCAUAGGACUGCUGGUCAGAGAUGAAUCACUUGGAAUUUUAUCGUGGUUAGGAUUUUUAAGUUCUUGGAUCUAUUUGAGAUUUUUUAAAUGGAAUACGCCUAAUUUAUUAUCGCAUUUAACAUUUGAUCUUAGAGGAGACACUUCGGAAACAUUUGCAUUUUCUUACUUUUUUCCUGAACCUAUACACUUAUUAAUAAACACAGUUUCUAAAAAAAUUCAUAAUUUUCUUGUAUCCACUCGCAUAUUCUCAUAUUCCAAUGAAACACAGACUCAACAAACAGAAAAAUUGUUAAAUAAUUUUCAACAAAAACAAGAUUUUUUUCUAUAUUCAAAUACACCUCGUUUUGAAGCAGAAAGAAGAAAAGCACUUGCCUUAAAAACAUUAGAAGAACGAUUAGGCUCAUUAACAAAUUCCAAACCUGCUUCACAAUUAUCUAUGACAGAACUAUCCGUAUCACCUAAGGAAAGUUUUGAUCAGUUCUCAACUAUAAAUAAUGAGAACAAAAACAAGAAUAAAUCCGAAAGAUAG